AUGACGACAAGACGUGGCCACGAAGAGAUUUAUUCUAUCCGAUUACCGACUCAAGCACUCUCGUAUGAACAUUUACCUCUAGGAUCUCGAAUUUUUAGAGAGGGAGAAUUUCAACCUGAUCUAUCCAAUAAUAUUGUUCCAUUGAUGCUGGACGAGGUUGAUGAGUCCUUGAUUCGGAAGGUGGAAAUCAACCCAUCUAUUCAUAUCCACAAAAUAAUUUCUGGUAAAUCUCAUUCUCAUAUUAUAACGAUGGAUGGUAUGGUGUUAUCAUUUGGAACGAAUUAUUUUGGAGAAUUAUGUUGUGGAUUUUGUGGACCUUUAGUAUUUAAACAAGAUCUUUUCCCAAACAAUAUAAAGCACAAACAUCAGAAUGAAAGUAAUAACUCUUCAAGGAACGGUCAUCCUAAAGGAAUGAUUCAAGCCGUAGGCCCAAUUUCGAACAUGAAAAUUGUGGAUGGAGCGUGUGGAAUGAAUCAUUCCAUUUUCGUAAGUCAAGAUGGCAGAGUAUUUUUGAAUGGAAAAUCCCAAAUGAAAUACAUUACUUCGAAUACUAACAGAUCAUGGGACAAUAUUUCUACUCCAAUGGAAGUAGAUCAAGAGAGCUGUUUUGGGAGUAAGAAGCAAAUUAUUUCCGUAGCAGCACGUAACUCUACAUCAUUGGUGUUAACAUCCAAUGGAGAAAUUUAUGAGAGCGUAAUUGGUACCCUUGGUGAGGUACUACCUACUUGGACUCGGGUGAUCGUACAUGAUUGGAGAAUGACUCAACCUGUAAAGUUGUUUAGUCAUUUUCUAAGCUUUUUCUCUUCAGUGCUGAACCAAGAUGGUCACGUUUCUGUGGUUUCAGAUAAAGAGCUAAACUUGUAUAACACUUCAGAUGUCGAAUAUAUUAUCCAUGGAAGUCACUGUAACGUGGUUCUCAAGCUACGCAAUAGGGGAUUUUUUAUAAGGCGGAACGAUGAUUGGUUGGAUAUUGGAAGACUUGUAAGAACGAAUGAUGAAGUAAUUUCAAUGGGUAUUUGUGAGCAUAGUACUUUAUUCAUUUAUACGCGACUUGGAAACUGUUUAUAUUGUGACAAGUCUAACACAUGGCAUGCAUUGGGAACGCUUGAGUUUUCCGUCCCAUCACAUAUUCAAAUUUCGGCAUCUCGAUUCAGAUCAUAUAUCUAUAGGACAGCAUUCUCAUGGGAAAUGGUAUGUGCUCACAUUGAAAAAUCCUUUCCUUGCUUUAGGAAAAUGUGUGUGAGUAGUGUUGGUGAGCAACAUCAUGAUGGUAUCCUUAUGCUUUCUGAUGUCGUUAUUAAGAUGACAUCAUGA